AUGGAUUUAAAAGAAUCAUAACUUGACUUAGAAGAAUUGAAGUCUCUCUUAACUUAGUCUAGGAGAGUAAAUGUUUAGGAAUUAUUGAAGAAGUAAAUAAGACAUAUUGAGGUAGAAAUUGAAUAAAUUUAAAAAGCCUAGGCAAGUUAAGAGCAAUAAAAGAGCUAGGUAAUGGAAGAAGAGAAACCCUCUGCAAAGCCAGCAGAUUAACAACAAAACUUAAAGUUCAUAACUUUGACAAAGUAUGCUUGGGAUCAAAAUGGCUAAAAUGUUAAUGUUUCAUUGUACAUUGACGAUAUCUCUAAGGUGAACCCUUCUAAUGUUUAGGUUACCUUUACAGAUUAAAGCUUUGAAGUAAAAGUUUUAGAUUUGAAUGGUAGAAAUUACAAGUUUGCUAUCCCAAAGCUUUAUGAUAAGAUAAAGCCCAGCGAAUGCAAAUAUGUAAUUAAAAGCUCGUCAAUUUCUAUUAAGAUGAAAGCAACUAAAAGUUAUUGGAGCUAGCUUACUUACAAAGAAGAUGCUUUUAAAGCCAAAGGAAGUGAUGAAGACUCGAAAGAUCCUUCUAAAUCAUUGAUGGAUAUGAUGAAAAACUUAUACGAAACAGGAGAUGACAAAAUGAAGGAAACAAUUGCCAAAAGCUUCUAAUAAGCUUAAAGACAACAAAUGAAUCCAAACUCUAAAGAUAAAUUUGGUGAUAAUGACUUUGAGGAUUUUUGA